AUGAGUAACAGUAUUGCCAGUAAGAAAAGUGAAGAUGUGUUAUUUGACCUUUUAGAAAAGCAUGGUGCUCGUCCCUCUUUAUCAGGGGUGGACUGGGCACGCCAAAAUUGGCAUAAUUUGCAGAGUGUUUCGGAACGCAUUAGUGUCUUACAGAAUGAGGCUCGUACACAAGCUGGAAAAGGAAAGUCGUUUAUUUGUGCUGUACUCGCGGCUGCUUUAAAAGCUGCCGUGGAGUUCCAAAAUGAAAAGCAUUCGGCAGAACCCCAAACCAUAGAAGCACUACAGGAAUCGGUUAGAGUUACACAAGAAUUGGUAAAAACUCUGCAGAAUCAAAUAGUUAAUCUCGAGGAACAAUUAGAAAGAGAGAAACGUAAUUCGGCUUUGUUGCAAAUGGCUUUUAAGAAACUGCUAACGUGUAAGCAUGACAGCCAUACCGUCACCCAUAGUUUGCCUCGAGAAAAAACUUUUCCUCAGGUGGAACUACCAGGAAUGAAGGAAAGGCUAGAUAAAUUAGAAACUCUAAUAGCCCCAUUGCGUCCUUUGAUAAAAACUGAAUACACAUUUGAUAACAGUGAGGAUCUAGAUCCUCAAAUGAAUGUUAAAGAAAUUCCCUUCUCAGCCACUGAACUAGCAAAAUUGAAAAAGGAUUUUAGCCACUCUCCAAAGGAAUCAGGGACAGAAUAUGUAUGGAGGGUGAGUCUCACUGGAGGCGACCAGAUUCGGUUAACAGAAAAGGAAGCAGAAGGUUAUUGGGGACCAGGAGUAUUUUUAACUACUGGCAACAGUCUUGCUCCCUGGUCCUUAACACAAAGGGUUGCCUAUUGGGCAGGUGGUCUCAACCCUUUAGAAAGGGGAGACCCUCUUGCUAUUACUGGAACAACUGAUCAGUUAGUAGAGAGUGUUCAAAAGGCUGCUUGUCUCCAAAUGAUGUAUGAUAGAAAGCUGCGGCCACACCAUGAAUCACCUAUGAUGAUGCCUGUUGAUCCUGAGAGAUUGACUGCUUUAAUUAGGGGGCUUCCAGAGUCGUUAAAACCUAUAGGUAUUCAACUGCAAGGAAAGAUAGAGGCUAUGUCUCAGGGAGAGAGAGAGCGAGACACAUAG